AUGGAAAACAAAACUUAUACACAUAUUCAAAAUUCUCCAUUCAUAUCUAAUCAUUCAUCAAAUAGUGAUACAAUUAUAACAACUACUACAAAUUCUUUUGUUCUUUCAUCAACAAUAAACACAAUUACAACAACAACGUCAGCCUUACAGGCUAUUCCUGUCCCUCGAUCAAGUCAAAUUUAUUCUGAUAAUAAUAACGGAUCAAAUAUUAUUAUUACUCAACCAACAUUUAAAAAAUUAUUAAGUGAAAUAAUCAAACAAGAACAAGUCGAAGAUAAUUCUAUACAAGAAGAUUAUUCAAUAGAAAAAAAUAAAUUAAUAACUAAUCAAUCGAAAAUAAAUAAUAAUCAACAGUCAACAGUGAUUACUUCUGUUAAUAUUAAUCCACGUGAAACAAUAAACGGUAUUUCAAUGGCUAAUGGUGAUGCUCAUAUUAUGUCUGCUUUAAAUUCAACUCAUUUACCAGAUGGUGCCGGAACUUAUUUUGUCUCAAGUUUACCAAGUGAUCUAGCUUCUAGUUAUAAAUUACUUCCAUCAUCGAAUUCUGAUCUACCAUCUCCAUCGAAUUCUUCAAAUUCUUCGAAUCCAUCGUCAUCAAAUCAUCAUCAUCAUCAUCCACAUCAUCAAGUAAAACGGCAUGGUGAAGGUAAUGAUCCAACUCGAAAACGAGAAAUGCGUUUACAAAAAAAUCGUGAAGCAGCACGUGAAUGUCGUCGUAAGAAAAAAGAAUAUAUAAAAUGUCUUGAAGAACGUGUAACUGGACUUGAAAAUCAAAAUAAAGCAUUAAUUGAAGAAUUACGACAAUUAAAAGAAUUAUAUUGUCAACGAGAAGAAACGAAUAAUAAUACUAAUAAUAAAACAACAAAUACAACGCUCUAUUUAAAUACGAUGAGUUUACCUGUUCCACAAUCUCCGACAUCACCAAAUUUGCAUCGUUCUCAUUCUGAUCGUGAUCUUAUAACAAGUGAACGUCGUUUAAGUCGAACACGUGUAGCAAGCACAUCAACAUCAAAUAUUCAAUCACAAACAACAGCAACAACAACAACAUCUAUAUCUUCAAAUUCUUCAGUACCAGCAUCACCACUUUUAUUACCGUGGGAUCGUUUACAAAAAUGGUUAUAUGGUAUAGCUGUUGUGACAUUUGAUCUUGAACUUGGACAAUCAAUAGAACUUCUAUUACCAAAUCAUUGUAAAUUAUCCGAUAAAGAAAAAUUAAAUUUAUCAUAUUUAUCAUUUCCCGAUGCUAAUUCAACAUUUCUUGGUGAUAUACAAUAUCAUUUUCGUAUACAUCAUGAAUCAAAUUUACCAACAUAUUAUCAAUAUUAUAAUUCAAUUGUUCCAUCAGCAUUACAAGUUGAUAAUAAUUCAUUAUUUGGUUAUGUACAUUUUCGUCAAAUACGUGAUAUAACAGUGAAACGUGGUUAUUUUCAAAAAUCACUUGUAAUUUUAUCAAAAUUACCAUUUAUAUCAUUAUUUAUAUCAAUUGUUAGUCAACUUGGUCCAAAUUAUUUUCAAUAUGGUUUAACAAGUUUAGAAACAUGUUGUCAUUUAAUGGAUCGUCAAUGGCCUGAACCUGAACCAGGCAAAACAUUAUUAUUACCUUUAUUAGGUAAUGUUCUUCAAGUACGUAUUCCAACACAUGGUGAUAAACCAUUUUCAUCAUCUGAUCUUAUACAAUUUCGCUCAAUUGUUAAUGAAACUAUGACAACAAAUAAUCAGUUGAAUAAUAAUAAUACAAUUAAAUUACCUAUUGAUGAUGAUACAGAUAUUGAUACGAUAUCAACAAAUAAUUCUUUAAUUAAACAACAACAACAGCAAACUUCAACUGCUAAUAAAAAUUAUUCAUAUACAUCAUUUGAUUUUUUACAAAAACAUGAACAACAAUUACCACGUUUAAUUCCAUUUGUACAUGAUGUUAAUACUUAUCAAUCAUUAUUUUCUGUUCUAACACAUAUUCAACUUUUAUGGGAAUUAAUUUUAUUAAAUGAACCAAUUGCUGUUUUUGGAAGUUUUCCUACUUAUUGCUCACGAACUGUUCAAGCACUUGUUCAUAUAAUAUGGCCGUUACGAUACGCAUCAGAUUACCGUCCAUUUUUUACUAUUCAUAAUAGUGAAUUUCAAGAGAUAACAUUUAAUUCAUCAAAAAAAUCUUCAAAUAAAACUUCAUCAUCAUCUAAAAUAUCAAUACAACCAUCUUUAAUCAUUGGUGUAACAAAUCCAUUUUUUGCUAAACUUCUUAAUCAAUGGCCACAUAUUAUUCGUGUUAAUGAUAAUCAAGAAGAACGAUCGAAAAAUAAACAAAAUGGAAGUUUCUUUUUUCUAGAUCAUGAUGAAGGAGAUUCAUCAACAAAUGAACUUGAUGAUAAUAUAGAUUUAUCAUCAUCUCCACAAACAACAACAACAACAACAACAACAAUAAUAAAACAUCUAUCAAUUAAAAAAAUUUCAACUAAUACAAAACCUUAUACACAUGCACGUGCAAUAAAUAAUAAUUCAUCACAUUUAACAUUUGAUAUAAAACCUGGUUUAUAUACAAAAUAUAAAUCAUAUUUACAACGUGAUAAAACUAUAUUAAAAAAACUUCAAUCAACUAAUGCUCAACAACGUCCUGAUACAGUACAAAAUGCUUUAAUACGUCGAUUUUUUCUUGAAUUAACACAAAGUUUUAUUAUACCACUUGAACGUUAUUUCACUAGUCUUUUACCAUUACGUAAAUAUUAUCAAGUUAAUCGUAAACCACCAAUAAUAAAAGAAUUUGAUAAUGAAGAAUUUCUUAAAACACUUGAUCAAUAUGGACCACAAUUAACAUCAGGUUUAAAAGGUGAUUGGAAAGAAUUAUAUAAACAUUUUUUAUUAACACCAAAUUUUCGUCUUUGGUUAUCAAAUCGAAGACAAGAAGCUAAUUCAAAAAUUUAUUCAUUAUAUAUUGAAACAAUAGCUAAUUGUCGUCUUGAACAAGAUUUAAAAAUUUCAAAAUUAACUGAAAUUGAAUUAGUUGAUUUAUUAUUAAGAUUUAAUGAUUUAAUUCAACGUUUAGAAUCAAAAACUGAUGAAUUAUUAUUAACUAUUGAUCAAACAAUAAAAAAUGAUUAUAUUGAAAAAUUAAAAAUAAAAAUAAAAAUAAUUAUUGAAGAAAAAUUAUCUGAUGAUAUGAAAUUAUUAUUUCAUAAACAAGUUAAAAUAUCAUUAUCAUAA